AUGAUUCUCUGGCCUUGGAUAAUCUUCAUCGUCUACCUCUCUUAUGGAAUCCCUUCUUUAAUUCUGUACAUUAUGACGUUCUAUAUAAUUGUUCGACACUGGAAAGAGUUUGAUUCCUCGUUUUUCCAACUUUACAUGCUUGAUGGAUUCAUGAACCUUCUCACUUUUUUCAUAAACUACAUCAAAGCGAGAUUUCCCACCCUCACGUGUCACGAAUGCAUAUUGGCUCCAAUAUAUCGGAACAUAGAUAACUUUUAUAUCCUUGAGUUUAUCAUGACAAUGAACUUUCACAUGGCUUACGUACAAUAUGCUAUUACUGCUUUGAUAGCUUUAAACCGAUUUUCUAUUAUCUGUAACUACCUUUUUUUUGAGCCUAUUUGGAAAAAAUUAUCUUGGAUUUUGAUAGUUUUAGCUUAUAUUCUACCAUUUAUGAGCUCACGUGUAGUUUGGGAUUACCCAAUGAGAGUCGAAUAUGUGGAUGAAACGGACAGUUAUGCAUUUACUACAGCUAUGCCAAUUGAUAAAGUCUUCGAUUACUUGAUUCCAUUCAUGAUUACAACUACUUGCGUGUCCGUCUUCGUGAAUGUCACUAGCAUAGCAAUAGUCAACCAAAUGAACGUUCAAGUUCGACAAGAAGUUGAAUACAAUUUCAUUCGAAUUGCUUUUAUUACAUGUCUGGUCCAAGCAUGUGGAACUGCUUUGAGUGUGAUCCGAUACUACAACAUGAACACUUCAAUGGCAGUGACGCUCGCAAAUUUCAUUCCGUUUAUCAGUGACGGGCUAAGUCUAGUCCAACCAUGGUUACUCGUCACCUUCAGUAAUGUCAUGAGAAAAAAGAUCACUGAAACCGUGCGUCGAAACCAAAAAACGCCUCUUGUAACAUCUGUUGUACCAAUCCGAUCAGCAGCCCGCUGA